AUGAGUUCGUUUUUUGACAUCCAGCCUGUGCAGCGCUUCAGCGGCUCCAACACUACAAUCCGACGCCCUAAGGAAAUUGCGUGCUUCUCCUAUGAUCAAGAACGUCGUUUCUCAUUGGGGGAUUCAUCGCUCCACUAUUAUUAUCCUCCCAGUCUCCCAGUGGAUCUGAAUAUAGGCUUUGAGACCUUUCAAAAGCUGGACGACACUGCUGACGAGCAUUUGGAUGCGUUGCUUGAUACUAUAGUUGCUCUGGAAAAGGAAACUGGAAAGAAAUGCGAAACUGAUAUUAUCACAUGGCGUGGAAUGAUGACCAAAAUUCUGGCUGCUCCGUAUGAUAUGAUGAACGGCUUCGAGAUGAAUGCAACGUGCUUCCAGGAUACAAUAUUCAUUGAGGAGAACAACGCCCAUAAGAAUCAACAAAAAGAGAAUCAACGAAACCAAAGGAUGCCACCCGGCAUGGCGUCUCAAGAACGGAUGAUGUAUUGGGGAUACAAGUUCGAAGCCUUGUCCGUCUUGCGACAACCAUGGGACGCAGUAAGUCGGGAGGAAAUCGAAGGUCGACAGAAUGAAGUGGUCAACAACAGCGCUCAAUACUGCUCCGUCGUCAAGACCGGGAUAGGGAGUAUACGAAUGAUUCUCGGUGGUGAAGUCGAUGCCGUUUGGGACUGCAAGCCUGAGCGGAAGGAAGAUCCCAUCCAUUGGGUUGAGCUUAAGACGUCGGCGGAAAUCCGAAAUGAAAGAGAUAUGUUCAAGUAUGAACGAAAGCUCUUGAAAUUCUGGGCACAGUCUUUCUUACUCGGUGUACCCACAAUCAUCGUGGGGAUGCGCGAUCAGGAUGGCAUUGUCCGUCGCUUAGAACAACUGGACACAGCAAGUAUUCCCACCAAAGUCAAGAGAGUGGGUAAAGCCUCCUGGGAUGGGAAUAUCUGUAUCAAUUUUGCUGCGGCAUUCCUACAAUGUAGGUCGUACCUCGUGCCACCGAACAUUCUCAUUGGUCGAAAUCUCACAAAUUACUCCAGGGCUGAAACAAACAAUCAACAAAGACGGUAUUUGGAGGAUCAGGAAACUAGAAAAGUCCCCAAGGAUCGAAGUAUUCAAAGUGGAGGAGUCCGGACACGGGGACAUCUUAUCCACUAA